AUGUCUAGUGAUUCAUUUUCUGAAACCUCGGCUUCCAAGCCUUCAACCCAAAGAAAGUUCAUCAAGCGUCCAGAUGACAAGGCCAUGAAGGACCAGAUUGAGAACUUGAGAAAAGAGAUUAAACAAUUGGACUUGGCCUCCAAUGAGAUCACUGCUCAAAUUGCUAAGCACCAAAUUGAUCAAAAAAUUAUGGAUGAAAGAAACAAGUUGACUUCUGAAUUGAAGGCAUUGCAAUCCAAGCAAUCCGGUUCAAAGAAUGAAAGGCAUGCUUUGAAUGAACAAAUCAAGGCUAUUGACGGUCAAAUGAAGAAGAAGAUUGCAGAGAUUCAACAACAAACCUCAAAGAACAACUACAAGAGCGUUGCUGAAAUCGAUGACAAGAUCAAUAGUUUGGACAAGUUGAUUGAUGCUGGACAAUUGAAAUUGGCUGAUGAAAGAAGAUAUGUUAAGGAGAUGAGCGCCUUGCGUAAGUUGCGUAAGGAUUUUGGAAGUAUCGAGCAAACUCAAGCUUCUAUUGAUCAGGAUAAAGAGAAGAUUGCUGAGUUGAAAAAGAAGGUUGCAGCAACUCACAACAAAGAGUUGAAUGCUCAAUACGAUGCACUUCAGAAGAAGGUUGAUGAGAUCAAUGAGUCAAACAAGACCAUCAUUUCCAAGAGAAAUGAGUUGUAUGACAAGAGAGGUGAGUUGAAGAAGCAAAAAGAUGCCAAAUAUGAUGAGAUUAGAAAGUUGAGAGCUGAAUUUGACGAAAAGUUUGCUCAUUUCAAGAAACUCAUGGCUGAGGAGAAAGCCAAGAGGGAAGAAGAGUACAAAGCACAAAUUUUGGAAGAGAAAAAAGCCAAAUUGAAGAAGAGAAUUGAGGCAGAAUUGGCCGAGGCUUCAGUUCCUGCAUUCACUGAAGAAAUCAACUCUCUUCAUAAUUGUUUGAGUUACUUUGAUCCAUCGUACGUUAAGCCAACCAAGCAAGAAAACCAAAUCAACAAUGGUUCAAACUCAAACAUCCCUUCAACAACAAACAAUGCCGCUAGAACGAUUGAAUUCCCAGAGGACUUGGUCAUUGUCAAAAAAGAACAAGAAGCAUUCUUUGUCGGUAACAAAAAGAAGGGCAAAGGUGCUAAGAAGCAGCAGCAGCAACAACAGCAACAACAACAGCAGUCAAAGGCCAAGAACUUUUCUGUUGCACCAGAAAUUGUUGUUGCUUUGAGUGAUUUGCACAUUCCAUUCCCAUUGAAAGAGGAUGAUGUGCCAGAAACUAUUAAACUCUUGAAAGAAACUUUGGAGGCAUUGCAAGAUAAACAAGAGGAGCAAACUCAAAAGAAUAUUGAAAGAGCCAAGGCUAGAAUUGCUAAAUUCGAAGCUGAACAAGCUAACGAUGAUGAAAAUGAGGAAGAAGAAGAGGAGGAAGAAGAAGAGGAAGGAGAAGAAGAAGUUAACACUGAAGAAAAUUAA